GGCGUAACCGCGCAGAACCUGAGCUCAAAUCCGCACCCUGCUUUACUUCGUCGCAUUCAUUGAAUCUUACACGCCGUCGCACAGACCUUGCAAAUCCUUACAACAUUUAAAGCAAUCGUUAGCAGCAAUGGCCAACUACAUCCACGUUCCCGAAAGCGCGCCGCUUGUUCCCAAAUUAGACGUGACGGUGGACGAGCACGAUUUCAGAGCCGGAGCGUUGAAAUUGAUUAAGACGCUCAGACCCCAAUGGAAACCUUCGGAGGUCAAAAUGAAGUUUUUCACAGACGGCAUUACGAACAAGCUGAUCGGCUGUUAUGUCGGCAGCUCCAUGAAGGAAGUGGUCCUGGUACGCGUCUACGGGCAUAAGACGGAGCUGUUUGUGGACCGUGAGAACGAGGUGAAGAGCUUCCGUGUUCUCCAGGCGCAUCGAUGUGCACCACGCCUCUACUGUACCUUCAACAACGGCCUGUGUUAUGAGUUUCUCCAGGGCGUGGUACUGGAACCUGAACAUAUCCGUAGCCCUGCAUUCUUCAGGCACAUUGCAAGGCAGAUGGCGAAGUACCAUGCCAUACAUGCCCAUAACGGUUGGGUGCCCCAAUCAGACCUCUGGAUGAAGAUGAGCAAGUUCUUUUCUCUUGUUCCUUCCCACUUUAAUGACCCUGAAAAGGACCAGAGGUGGGAAAUAUGCUUGAGGCUGUACAGCGAGGUCCCCAGCACAACAUGCCUCAGAGAGGAGAUGAUCUGGCUUCAGAAGAGCCUCUCUAAACUGGGUUCCCCAGUUGUUCUCUGUCACAACGAUCUGCUCUGUAAGAACAUCAUCUGCAACCAACAGGAAGGAAAUGUCAAAUUCAUUGACUACGAAUACGCUGGUUACAAUUACCAAGCCUUUGACAUUGGGAAUCACUUCAAUGAAUUUGCAGGUCUGAAUGAGGUGGACUACAGCCAGUAUCCUGGUCGAGAACUCCAGCUGCAGUGGCUUAGGGCCUAUCUGGAGGCAUACAAAGAAUACAAAUCAUUGGGCACAGAUGUGUCAGAUACUGAAGUCGAGGUGCUCUAUGUGCAAGUCAACCGAUUCGCAUUGGCAUCACAUUUCUUCUGGGGACUGUGGGCUUUAAUCCAAGCGCAAUACUCAACCAUCGACUUUGACUUCCUGGGAUACGCAGUCCUUCGUUUCAGCCAGUACUUCAAGAUGAAGCCAGAAGUCACAUCGCUGCACCUUCCAGAAUAAUCUCUCAGGUUGCGGCUCGCGUUACCCUCUAGCGAAGAGCUCCCCCUGGUGGACAGAAGUACUAACUGGAAAGCUCUUCAAGUUUUUGUAGACUGGAAACUGCACGCACUUGUCUGAAUACUUUUAGAUAAGCUCCUGAACUCAUCUCUGAACUCAACACCUCAUCAAGUCAGUUUAGUGGGGUAGAAAACCAAGAACUUAAUCCCUCUCAGCAUCUAUCUGCUGGUUGAGAGAGGGUCAUCCCGUGCCCUAGUUGUAACGCACUUUCAGUCGAGUAAUAUUGCGAACCAGCAAACGGUUGACAUUUGCUACCACGCACAAUAACCUUGGCUCACUUUGGAACCAUUAAAUAUCCAUGUAUGUGAAAAGCCCUGGAGAAUUUCAAGUAACCCCCCCCCGAUAUUAUUUCCCCUGAACCUUCGACAAGAAAAAAAAUACUAUUUUUUUGACAAUAAGGUCCUCUGGGGUUGUUUUAGCAACCUAUUAAAAGGUAAUUCCUUCUUGUUUACACAACCUUUAAGGGGGAAGUCUGAGUACUGUAUAGCAAAGGUGGGUUUACUAUACGGAAAGGUCGCUGAUGCCGUGCGGUCGUCUGAACGCCGAGCUUCAGCCCUGUCUGUUUCUACGUGGGUCCUUUUGGUGAGAUGUGGAAAACGGGGACCAAUAGUAGCUUUGUCUCUGUUUCUGAAUGAAGAUUUUCCCCUCAUCCCGUCACUGUGAAUUUAUAGUUUCUCAUCAGUUUCCUCAGCGUGGUGCUUGGAGAAAGUAGUUGAUGAAAGUUCUGAUGGCCACACCAAAGUGCUGAUAUUUCUGGCUUGUACAUGUUGCACAGUGUAUUUUUCAACAUAUUAAAAAGUAGCACGUGAUAUUUACUGUUUAAAACAAGGUUUUUAUACUUAUUUAUAUUAAGCGAUAGUGAGCAGCUGCGAGUGUGUUUUUAUCGGAUGUAUUACGGAAAGGCCUUAAUGACUGUAUCGGCUACUAGACGCACUUAGCUGUCGCUUUUACUCGACUUGCGCCACAACAGCAUAGCUAAGCCCUCUUUGCACAAACUUGAGAACAAAAUCAGUCCUCGCUUGUAUUUCAGAUCGGCCUCUACAAGUUAGUACUUAAAGCAAAUAAAUGAUGUAAGCUUUAUUUAACACUUUAUUUUCCCCGUUAUGCAUAUUAUGAGUCGCUGUACUAAAACACUUCAUUCAUUCUGCAGUGAUUACAUGUAGCUCAUUAAUAUCGUUCAUCAGUACUUAUUUAAAGCAUAAAUUAAGGUGUUUUUAUGGCUUUGGCGCCCCCUGGCUGGCCUCACUUACCUCAUUUUCCAGUGUCACUUUUCCUACACGCAACCACAUAUAACACUGUACAUAUUAGAAACUGUGAAAUUCUGGCGUUUUAUUGUAUUUUGAAGUACGCUUCUUUUUCUAUGCCAGUUCUUUUGUAAGACUGUCAGUCUAACACCUCGAUUACGUUUUUGAACUGUCAUGGACCACACCGGAUGCUACGUUGUUAUUUUACUCUCGGUAAUAUAAAUGUAAUAUGCCCAGAAAAGAAUUUGCGUAUCACUUUUUGCAGUUAGCUGUUACUGAGAUAACAGAUGUCUUUGCACUCUAUACAACAGAAAGUGACGGGUAGUUCCAAACUUUCAGCCAAUCAAGUGCUUCGGGUGCACAUUUGAGUUAACCUUGUACAGAACUGCCUCAUGCAAGCGUCUUCUGUCGGUUUGGGUAUAGGUGUUUAUGCACAGCUGUAAACAAACUGUAAAAGAAAGAAACUUUGCUAAAACUAUGUCCAUUGUGAAUAACUAAACUAUGAUUAUCAUUUUUCUAAACUGUUAGGUAGAUUAAAUCUGGGGAUGAAAUCCUGAAGUGUUGCAUCUUAGAUUCUGUAUCAAAUUAUUUGAAUAGAAAUAAAAUUAUACAUAUUUUGCCUGUA